UGAUCUCUCAGUAUUUUGCUCCCAAUUCUCUUUUGGUGCUCCCAAAGUUGUAACUAUUUCUAACACUAUUGGAGCAGUGGUGCAUCCGGGAGAUGGUUCAGUCUUCAACAGUCAAUAUAUCUCUGAUCAUUGUUAUAAACCUGUUUUGUUUACAGCUGGGAUUAACAGUUUAGUUGAAUCUCUAGGGUAUGAGACUGAGACUGGCUGGCUAGAGAUAGGGCCUCAUACUGUCUGUCUGUCUUUUCUCCGGACCAUGCUGAAACCAAAAACUAUGCUGCUAGCAUCAAUGAAAAAGAAGCAAGCUACAACUACUACAUUUUGUAUUGCUUGGAGUCAAUUAUACUAUUCAAAGCUUGCUUCUAACUUGAAUUGGAGAGCUAUACUUGAGGGCACUGCUAACAAUAUUCAAUGCAUUUCUCUUCCAUCAUAUCCUUUUACAAUGACCAAAUUCUGGAUUCCUCAUAGUGAGAGAGCUAAGACAUAUUAUCAUGCUGGACAACUGACAAAGCCAGAGCAACUUAUGGAUUAUACACUAAUUCAAGGCUGGAUGCAACAACCAAAUUUACAAAAUAACCUAACCUCUAUUUUCAACACAGAGCUUGAAAACCUUGGAGAGGAUAUUACCCAACAUCAAGUUGGAAAUCAUGCAUUAUGUCCUGCCUCUUUGUAUCUAGAGUUGGUGCUUGCUAGUGUGCACUUAUCAGGGACAUUUCUGGAAUCUAUCAGAGAAAAUGAAGAAAUUGUUCUUACUCAUACCAAAUUUUCAGCACCAUUGAUUUAUAAUAUCCCUACCUCUCAGUUUAUCAUGAGUGAGAUUAUAUUUCAAGGAAAUCCUACAAAUGGCAUAUUUUCAAUCAGCACAUAUACAAAAUCUAAGAGACAUAAAACUGUUCAU